AUGCAGCAGCUCCUCAAUCCCUUCGCGCAAAAGUACCCAGACGCAGUCGAUUCCACCCUUUCCUCCCAGGGCGUCUGUCUCUCUUUCAAUCCAUCAGGACCCUACGCCGGCCACUACCUCGCCGUAGGCAACAGCUAUGGCAGAGUAGAAAUCUGGGAUGUCGAGACCCGCGGCGUAGUGAGGGUCCUCGAGGGGCAUGUGAGAGCUGUCGAAAGCCUGAGCUGGUCUAGAAACAACAGAUACCUGUUAUCAGCAUCAUCGGAUGGUACAGCUCUGGUGUGGGAUCUGUCGUCCCAAGCUGGUUCUUCAAAUGCUUCCACUUCGUCGUCACGCCUCAACACCAUUCGAUUCGAUAGCCCAGUAACCAGCGCGUCUUUCAAUCCGAGAAACAGCCGAAUCCUACUUGCAGUCCUGUCUUGCGGCGAGGUCAUUCUUGUGGAUCUUCGGAAGGGCGGCGGAAAGUUCAAGCUGGAGUAUUCGCCAGGGGACGAAGAAGAGUCUGCAUCUCGGAAAAGAGUAUCCAUGACCUGUGCAGAUUUUUCUCCUUGUGGGUCCCGUAUAUACGCGGGCACAUCAAACGGAAUGCUCCUGGUCAUCGACCCAAUGUCUAGACAAGUGCUUCACCAUAUCAAAGUCGCUAACGCAUCUAUCCGCCAACUGACUUUGGAUGCUUCCGGCUUUCACCUAAUAACCUCUGCCACCGACCGUGCUCUCCGUCUUUUACAAGUCGACCCCCUCACUCUCACCCUCACUGCAUUUCAUCGCUUCCAAGAUCUGGUCAAUCGUACUCCUUGGUACUCUGUCGGCUUUUCAGGGGAUGCCGAGUAUGUCAUGGCUGGUGCAGCUCACAAGUCGGCGCAUAACGUCUUCAUCUGGGAUAGGGAGAGUGGAGUGUUGGUCAAGGUACUGGAAGGGCCGAAAGAGUCGCUGAUAGCGUGUGCCUGGCAUCCCACCAGACCUAUCAUCGCAUCAAUAUCAUCGGGAGGUGAUGUGCACCUGUGGCAAACAGCUUCUCCAGACAAUUGGGCGGCUUUUGCUCCAGGAUUCGAAGAACUGGAAGAAAACGUCGAAUACGACGAGCGAGAAGAUGAAUUCGACAUCGAAGACGAAUCUGAACUCAACCGACGUAAAGAUCUUGAAGAAGAUACCUUUAUCGAUGUCUUGACGCCCGAGCAAGACUCCUAUCCUCGUCGUGCCAAACCCAUAACAUCCUUACCGGGCAACCUCGUUUUCAAAGAUGAAGGUGAACAGCAGCAGGCCGAACGGUUGGCAGAGGCGAUCGCCGAGGUCACUAAGUGGGCAGAUGCGGAUACAGCAGAUUAUGUCGCAGGAGCCGAGAAUACGUCGGGUCUGCAAGAGGGCAAGGGUGCGAAUGACGGGGACCAAUGGGAGGGGUUCUAUCCAUCGCAAGAUCUCUUGUCAGAGAUAAAGGUGGACGAGGAUCCCGACGCGUAA